CUCUGAAUUACCAUCAUGCCCUUGUUGACUUUGCCUUGACCCAGACAGAGAGCCAAAAAUAUUUAUGACCUCUUGCCCCGAAGACAAGAAGAGCUGGGAAGACAUCCCUCAAGAAGCAUCCGUAUUGUCAGCACCGAAAGCCUCCUCUCCAGGAAUUCUGACAGCCCUCCUUCUGAGCAUGUGCCCUCCCAAGCAGGCGACGUCCUCCACGUGCACAGAGCCCAUACUCACGCCAUGGGGCAUGCAGUGGGCAUCUAUGACAAUGCCACGCGGCCCCAGACGUGUGGAAACCUUGCUCCCUCGCCUCACUAUGUCAAUGUCAGAGCUUCAAGAGGUUCCCCGAGCACUUCUUCAGAGGAUUCGAGAGACUAUGUCAAUAUCCCCACAGCCAAGGAGCUUGCUGAGACUUUGGCUUCUGCCAGUAACCCUCCUGGGAACCUCUUCAUCCUCCCAAGCACCAAAGAGCUGGCACUGUCUGAAGAAAUAGAUGAGGGUUGUGGGGAUGCCAGUGACUGCGCCAGUUUGGGGUCUCCAGGAACCGAUAACAGUGACCCACUCAGCGAUGGGGAAGGGUCUUCUCAGACCUUGAAUGACUAUGUCAAUGUGGCAGAGUUGGACCUCGGGACCCCCCGAGGGAAGCAGCUCCGGGGGAUGUUUCGGUGCCGCAGGGAUUAUGAAAAUGUACCACCAGGUCCCAGUAGCAGCAAGCAGCAGGAGGAGGAAGUGACAUCCUAAAACAAACACCAUGUAGAGGGCAGGACAGAUGGUCCAGAGACCCACAUCCUACCUGCCGUGCAGUCAGGGAGCUUCCUGGCUUUAAAGGAUUACGUGGCCUGUCAGUCGUCUGCCCACAGUGAGACCAGGCCGUGGAAACAUGCAGAAGAGACGUCAAGUGAGGACUCUCAUGACUAUGAGAAUGUGUGAGCUGCCGAGACAGGCGCAGGGGCUGAGCAGCAGCCUGACCCACGGCUCUUUCCUAACAAACUGAGACCCAGUCACCCAACCGGCAAGCUACAUGAAGUGGUCGAUGCUGCCAGAGUCACCCUUGACCACCCUUGUUCUCCAGGGCCAGCAGUGGCUCUGGGUGUUGGUGGUGGUGGGCGCAAGCCCCAAGAUGGGGGCCCAUGGGGGCCAGGAAAGGCAGGAGACGUCCGGGGAGCCAGGGGACCGCUCCUGUGCUGGAGGCGCCUGGCAGUGAGAUUCCGUGGCGUGACGCGGAAGCUGCCUCACUUCCGGGUCAUUGUGAAUGGCUUCCGGGCCCCUCUCUGUCGCUCGGGGCCGCCCCACCUCCACCGUGGGUUCCGUGCCUCUGCCGCGUCUUUGCCACAGGGGCCUACGUGGCCGUACGCUGUUGGUACCUCUUCCGUCCCGUCCUCUGAUCCCUGGGGCUGCACCCUGGUACAUCUCGCUUCCCCAGCCCACCUUGGCCCCGCUCUGUUGACCUUUGGGCCUUCUGUCCGCCGAUGUCGCGUGCUGGACCAGGAGGAAGGCCUGUGCCCCUGGCGCCCCUGCCCACCCAUGGUGGUGCGCUCCUCUGAGUGUGCACGGGUCACCUGCUGGCUACAGUGCCUAUACCGCCGCCCGCCAGGGCCGGGGGAUGGAGGUGAGGGUGCCAGAGCCAUCCCCGAUAUGACCAGCUGGUGUCCUUGGCCCCACUACCGGCCCACUGGGCCCUCGAGGAGCGUCUCCCCAUCAGAACUUUGGGGCAGCACGCUGCGUCCCUCGUGGACAGAGUGUGGGGGAUCCCUUGGCCUCACCAAGGAGGAGCCGGUCGGCCGGCCUGGAGUGAUCGCCCUCCCCAUUCCUUACCUCCUGGGGUUUUGCUGCCACUGA